AUGGGUUUUAUUAAACUUACGUGGACUGCGCUGACGAUAUUCUUAAUUGGUGCCACCGGAAACGAAGUUUUGAGGGAAAAGCGCCAUCUACUGCUGACGGAGGACUCCGCUACCGGUAUUCUGGCGGCCAUCGCAAUUCCUCUGGAAAAGGAAAAACCUCACGGAGUGGACAUUUUCUGUUCGUACAAUUUUGAAAUGAACUACGGGAUGACCACGGAAGCGUCCGACUGGACCGAUCCCUGGAAGAGGUUCCGAGUGAAAGAAACUGAGAACGGGCUUGCGGAAGCAGGAGGUGAAGGUGGUGGCGAAAGACGCCAGAAACGGUCGCCGGCACGUGGGAUUACGCGUAGAAAAGUGUACCACGUGAUUGAGGAGCAGUUGCGAGUUGCUGGAUUUGAUGGAAGAAAGUGUCUGUUGAGGGCGAUUUGUGAAGCUGGUGGGACAAAUUUUAACGAAAAUAAUGGGGUUUUGGGUGAUUUGAUGCAGAUUUUAUUGGCGCCGUCCUAUUCGAUGACUGAAUACUUACCCAAGGAAUAUUACAAGGCAGAGAUGCUAGGAAUGCAAAAUAAUUGUACCAAGUACGAGCGUCGUUGUCCAACAAAUGUAUUGGAUUUGUUUUCUCUGGAAAUAAAUGUUUGAUUUGAGUUGAGA